AUGAACCUUGCCGAGCAUGCGGAGUCAAUGGCAGCCGGACAGCAUCCUGGAUAUGAUCCGUACGCAUGGGAUGGCAUCCAGCAAUCGAUAGAUGCCAUCGCGGUAAAGCGGAUCAAAAUAAUUAUCAACGGGGGCGCCCUGAACCCCCAAGGUUUGGCUGUUGAAUGCCAGAAACUAGUAAGCAGCCGGGGCUAUGACCUCAAAGUCGCAUAUGUUGGUGGCGACAACCUCCUCGACGAGGUACGAGAUAGCCUCACCAAGACAGGCACAUUACCCGCCCACCUCGACUCCAGCAACCCGGAAAUCCAGACGCAGGCGCACACCAACGACCUCUUGGACACCCAGACGUUUGUGGAUCUGGCGUUCGGGAUUGUGGAGGUAGAUACUGGGGGAAGUUGUGUUGUCACGAAACAUGAAGGGACGAAGGGGCUUGUGAAUGUGGAUGUGGUUAAGUGUCAGUUUUUGUAUGAGUUGCAGGGUGAUGUUUAUCUCAAUAGCGAUGUCAAGGCGUAUACACAAAAUAUCUCAAUCGAAGCCGCCGGGAAAGAUCGGGUGCGAGUGUCUGGUGUAACUGGCGGCCCACCACCUCCCACGACAAAAUUAGCGAUUUUCUACCGAGGAGGCUACGAAUCUCAGCUUCUGGUAAACGCAACGGGCUACGGCACCGAUAAGAAAUGGGAGCUAUUCGAGAAACAGAUGCGAUUCGGACUAGCACAGAGGGGUUAUACUUCGGAUAAAUUCCACUAUUUGGAAUUUCAAGUGCUUGGGACCCCGGCUGCCAAUCCGUCCAGUCAAUUUCAGAGCACAACAUAUUGUCGUGUAUUCGUGCAGGCCGGGGAUACAAACACCGUCAUGGCGGUACCGAUGGUCAUGGGCGAGUUUGCCAUGCAGCACUUCUCAGAUCGACGAACGGCCCUGCCACGCCCUUACCUCGCGUUCUACCCAGCUCUCUACCAACAACAUUCCCUCAAGGAAACGGUAAACAUUCUCAGCUCCUCAUGCCCCGGUAGGGGUGAUGGUGGCCAAGAAUUCACAGCCACCUCAUCACCAAUCCCCGCCGGCCACCCGCCGGCCUUCGAACCCCUCGAGGCGCGGAGAAACUAUGAUACUAUCUCCCCAAUAGACCUGAGCACGCUCGGCCCGACAACGCGCAUGCGCCUCGGCGACAUCGCCCUCGCGCGGUCAGGGGAUAAGGGAGCCAACAUCAACUUUGGCAUCUUCGUGCGGUCAGCGGGCCAGUGGGAUUGGUUCCGCAGCUUCAUGACACGAGAGAGGAUUCGGGCGCUAUUGGGCAAAGACGAUGAUGGAUACUUUAUCGAGCGGGUUGAGUUCCCGAAAUUGUGGGCGGUGCAUUUUGUGAUAUACGGAAUUUUGGGGCGCGGGGUGAGUAGUUCGACCAAGCUAGAUUGUCUGGGGAAGGGUUUUGCGGAUUACGUGCGGGAUAAGGUUGUUGAGGUUCCCGUGAGUGUUUUGGAGGCGGGGAGGUUGUGA